CUCUUACUUCAGCAGGCCUGCAUACUCUGCAUCUCUUCCUCAAGCAUAUCCCUACUUUCGAUAUACAUAAUGGUCGCCGCUACGAACAGCAAGCUCCCCACCCUUCCCGGCGGCUACAAUUACCCUGCACCUACCGUACCUCCAAAGGCCGGAGCGCCUUACUUGGAGUCCUCGCAACUCCCAGAGAACUUCGUCUUCAUCGUUGUUGGUGCAGCUUUGGGGUUUGUUGGAAUCCUGAUAUUCGUAUGGAGAGUGAUGAUGUCCUGGUCGAUCAAUCGAGCCUUCAAGCGCGAUGCUAGAAGUGGUGCUGCAGGCGGCAACAUCUCCUACACGCCUCUUCCAGACCUCAAGAAACAUCCUGCCGCACAAUCUGGGCAUGACAUGGCAGACCUUAGCAAGUUGCCUCGAUCCUUCUCCAACGUACCUAGUCUAUUCUUUUCUCCCACCGCCGAAGUCGCAAAACAGUCUCAGCGGCCUCCCAGUCAACAUUUGCCCGCUGGUCAUUAUCGAGAUGCGUCGCAAUAUUUACCUACUGGUCAUCCUCGAGACGCUCCAGAUUCUUACCGCCGGUAGAGUCGGUAGCAAGAAGAAUAAGAUCAAUGCUCUGGAUAAUGAGUGUGCUCGACUGUUCCUGGGUAUGAAAGAUUCCUUGGCUCAGGAAUGCUUUGGACAUGCUGCAAAGGAUGAAUGGCUUCCACCAUGAAAGAUCAACAUUCGAAGGUAGCCUGGACCUAUCAUGAUAUCUUUGACUGAGCAAGGCUCCGUAUCCAAGUCAGUCAGGCCUACCUGGCCGUUCUUCGAUGCUGACCACGACACCGAGGAGUUAUUGCUCUUCCAGAUAUGACGGUUUCAUCAACCGGCUUUACGUUCAAUUAGCCAGGUUCUUGUUGGACAUACCAAGGAUGUGUCGCCAACUAGAAUUUCACACCACUCCAACCUCUCUUGGCCUUCUUUGCAAUCUACUCGAUUCGCGUUGGCUCAUCGUACCAGAUUUGCCUCGCUCAACGACCCGCUAAAAGCCACAAACCAAAAAAUGGCGUUGAGCUAGCUGAAUACGGCCCUCUGGAACCAUCUGCGGCUCUCUUCUUAUCGUUACAAUCUUCACCGAGACGGGCAAGUCAAAAUAGAGUUGAAUGCUCACGCAAUCAUCUACUUGAGUGCAGCCACACCUGCCAAAUUACAGCAUAGCGUUUUAUCAUCAAAGUGCGCGGUCAGCCUCUUGGUGCCAUUGGAGACUCAACUGCUAGAACUUGAAGCCCGUUGCAUAACAACACUGGGACUUGUUUUGUAAGGCCAAAUCGGCGGAUUAGUUGGUCGGAUAAGGAUGAGCUCGAUCUUUGGCGGGGGCGCCUGCCGUGCACAGGAUUUGGUGAAUAAUCGGUCAAAAAAAUUCGACCUGGCAGGACGGAGUCAGGAUUUCCUUGUCGUUCUUGAGAGCAUAGCGAGGUGUUUGGAUGGGCAUUACAUCGCUUCGCAUUGCAUUCAUGGUGCUACAUUAAAGGAUAUUCAUCGUUGUCCAUGGGCGUGUGGACAUUUGGUGACAGUACUCUUGAUACAACCUGCUUGGAUAGGAUGCACCCUUUUUCAACCUUCGACACUUGCACCCACACAA